GGUCACGGCAGGAGCCCUCUCUGUCUCUCUCUUUAAAAAACUAGGGUAAAAGAGUAUCUUUCUCUCUCUAAAAAUCAGGACAGAUGCGGCCCGAAAGUUCUCUCUUCAUAAGAGCAACUCUCUCUCUCUGUCUCUCUCUCUAUGGAUGUACAGGAGCAGAGCAGAGCAGAGCAGAGCAGAGCAUAGCUGUUAUUAAAAUUUGCUCUCUUUCUCUCCCGUCUUCCCUGAGCCAGGGACAAAACGCCCAUCUCUGUGUCCCUUCCUUCCUUCCUCUAUCUCGUCUCCAAAGCUAUCGGCAGCGGAGCAACCUCUCUUAGCGAAAGAGUAUUGGGUGCAAAUCAGAUUGGGCAUCUCUUCUCUCUCACAACAACGAAGAGGGAUUGGAAUGGCAAAUGAGAUGCAGGCUUGGUUGCACCAUCGAGAAACGUCAACCAUGACAAACAUCCAAAUUCAUGUCAAGCACCAAAUUAAUGAGUAUCAGUGCAAAAGGCAUAAGCACUUUCAAGGCCAUACAAAGGACAUUCGGACGGGGUUAUCAUUUCAAAGUGUGCUUGAGCUAGGCCCAGAGCUUCCUCUGUUUGGGGUGUGUAUGGGCCUGCAAUGUAUUGGAGAGGCCUAUGGAGUGGGCUCAUCAUUUUGGUACGCCUCAAAUGAAGCACCAAGUUCCUCCAAGUACUGCAAAAUGGUAAAGAAGAAUGAAAAAAAUGGUAGCACAAACAAAUGCCUAUGCAUGGCUUUUUAGAGUCGCCAUUCACGUAAGGAAGGAUUCUUUAAUGGACAUAGCAGAAAUGUCAAAGACCCAAUUUCAUUGGAUGAUGAAAGAGCUCAAAAGCUGGAGGAUUGGGGGUUUUUCUUGACCAAGAUAGACUUGAAAGCUCAUAAAAAAAUCACCUAUAAGCAGAGGAAACAACAUUGAUGUGAUAGAAUUGAAUCCAUUGAAAACCAGAGGUUAGGUUUUCAAAUCAAAGGAAAUAAUAGAGACGAAAAUGUCUAAGGCCCAAUUUGUUGGUAUUGUAUUUAUCUUUUGUUGAAAACUUAUAUAUGCAAUAAAACUCCUUUUACUUAGUUAGUACCGAACUGCAAUAACUUGCCUUUAAUCUACUUAACAUUUUUAGCUCGCGUUGAUAUCAAUUAAAAUCUCCUUCUAUUUUGGCAACUAGAUACUCUUCAAGCAAGUAUAUACAUGUGAUUUCAUUGUGCAACAAUUUAAAUAACUAAUAAUUACACCCCAUUCUCCUUUAUAAAUGUAAUUCCCAAUGCAAUCACCAAGUUAUUGACAAGAGUUUCUCAUGGGAUAUGGAACCAUGAUCUCAUAAAUUGUGAGGUGGUGAUCCUACACGGUUUUCAUUGUAAAUUCAUAUGAACAGACCCACCAACCACAAGAAGUAAUCAUAGUAUCUAUGUUCAAGAGUAAAUAGGAUUCAUGCUUGGGCUUGAUUGGUUCAGGUGUUGAGAAUUGCAACAUAGCUUCCCAAGUUUGAACCCUACCGCUGAACUUCCCCACCACCCCCCACAGAAAAAAAAAAAAAGAAUAUAUGAUUUAAGAGUAAAUACCUCUUGUCCAUCUUGUUCACUGAAAAUGAUAUGCUUGCUUGAAUAUUUAUGUAAAAGACCUCAUCAUCAAAGUUGCUGAUAAACUCAAAUAAUAAUAAUGUGAACUCUCACUUAUAAAUACUAUUU